CGGAAGAAGCAUGUCAGCGCCCGGGAUCCGGCUGGACGCUGCACGCUGAACCGCGGACACCAUGCAGUCGGAUGAUGUUAUCUGGGAUACACUAGGAAACAAGCAAUUUUGUUCCUUCAAAAUAAGAACCAAGACUCAGAGCUUCUGCAGAAAUGAAUACAGCCUGACUGGACUCUGUAAUCGGUCAUCUUGUCCCCUGGCAAAUAGCCAGUAUGCAACUAUUAAAGAAGAGAAAGGACAGUGCUACUUGUAUAUGAAGGUUAUAGAACGAGCAGCUUUUCCUCGGCGUCUCUGGGAACGGGUCCGGCUUAGUAAAAACUAUGAGAAAGCACUAGAGCAAAUAGAUGAAAAUCUGAUUUACUGGCCCCGUUUCAUUCGACACAAAUGUAAGCAGAGAUUCACCAAGAUCACCCAAUACCUAAUUCGAAUUAGAAAACUUACACUAAAGCGACAGAAGAAACUGGUUCCUUUGAGUAAGAAGGUGGAACGUAGGGAGAAAAGAAGAGAGGAAAAGGCAUUAAUAGCUGCUCAGCUAGACAAUGCCAUUGAGAAGGAAUUACUGGAGAGACUGAAACAAGAUACGUAUGGAGACAUCUACAACUUCCCCAUUCAUGCCUUUGACAAGGCCCUGGAACAACAGGAGGCAGAAAGUGACUCUUCAGAUGCUGAGGAAAAAGAUGAUGAAGAUGAUGAUGAGGAAGAUGUGGGGAAAAGAGAAUUUGUCGAAGAUGAUGAGGUAGAUGAGAGUGACCUAAGUGAUUUUGAGGAUAUGGAUAAACUGGAUGCCAGCAGUGAUGAAGAUCAGGAUGGUAAAUCCUCCAGUGAAGAGGAAGAAGAAAAGCCCCUUAGUGUGAAACACAAAGGCAAAAUGCCCUUGAAAGGACCACUGCGGAGAAAACGAGCCUAUGUGGAAAUAGAAUAUGAGCAAGAGACAGAGCCCAUGGCCAAGGCCAAAACCACGUGAUUUCUCUUUAAACACUUAUACCAGGACUGAACAUACAGAACUACUUUUUUUUUUUUAAUCUUAAUCAUAUAAACACCUCCAGUUUUUGCUCUUUUGUGUUGUACUAAACACAAUAUUUGUGUUUUUAUUAUUUAUGCCACAUCAGUGAGGCAAGAAAUCUGGAGUGAGUGAAAAUCUGGAGUGAGUGAAGAAAGCCCUAAGUUGUGAACGAGAGUGUUUUUAUAGCAUAUGUGUUGAAGUAACAGCUUGUGCCCAAGAAAUUUAACAGAUGAGUUCUUGAAUCUGGAAUGAGAUGAUGGAUGUAAAUAUUUCUAAAUUUUAAA